GUUUUGACCUUGGUAUUUACGACUCUAACGGUGAAUGUUCUUGUGAUAGUUCAGCUUACAAAAAACGAAUUAAGGAGGAUACCGAAGAAAGGUCGUUCUCAUAUAAUAGGGCGUUUUUUGAAAUAGAAGAAUAUGAAAUAUUUCAAAUUGUUAAAAAAUCUUAG